UGAUUGAAGAAAAGUGUUACAUAGCUAGAGCAGACUUGGGCGCCUAUACAGUUAUUGCUGUUAGCCGUGAACGCCAUCUUGGAUCUAGAUGGUUUUUAAACGGGGAAAACAGGAAAAGGGACAGGAAAAUAGAUACUUUCGUUCUUAUUUAGUAAUUUCCCCCACUGGCUGAUGAUGAAGAAACACGAGUCAUGACGUCGCCUCUUUAUUUGCUGAUAUAGUUCAAAUCGGUAAAUCUGAGAGGAAAUAGGAUUGUGGACUGAGGAAAUUUCCGCAGUUUACUGUAACUUGGUUUGUUUAUGUUAUUCAACCCGGACAUGGACUCUUCUAACCCAGACAUACCAGAUGAUUCUCUGGGUUUGGGAGCCGGUGGGGCCCAGGCAAGCAGCAGUGCUGUUGUGCCAAAAGGGUCCAAUAAGAGGCGAGCUGCGCCAGACUUCGAUGAUGAUGAUGAUGAUGAUGGAAGCAAGCUCUUCAGGUGUGAUGACGACGGAGGAGGAGGAGACAAAGAGCGAUUUGCCAGGGAGAACCACAGUGAGAUUGAGCGGCGGCGGAGGAACAAGAUGACUGCUUACAUCACAGAGCUGUCGGACAUGGUUCCCACCUGUAACGCGUUGGCACGGAAACCAGAUAAGCUGACCAUCCUGCGCAUGGCCGUGUCCCACAUGAAGUCUCUGAGAGGGAGCGGCAACACUGCAGCAGACGGGACAUACAAACCAUCCUUCCUCACCGACCAGGAGCUGAAACACCUGAUCCUGGAAGCUGCUGAUGGCUUCCUGUUUGUGGUGUCGUGUGAGAGUGGACGGGUUGUCUACGUGUCAGACUCCCUGACUCCUGUUCUUAACCAAUCACAGUCCAACUGGCUAGGCUCCUCACUCUACGACCAGCUCCACCCGGACGACGGAGACAAACUACGAGAGCAGCUCUCUACUGCAGAGAAUAACAAUACAGGGAGGAUGUUAGACCUGAAGACAGGAACAGUUAAGAAGGAGGGACAGCAGUCCUCUGUCAGGAUGUGUAUGGGAGCCAGACGAUCCUUCAUAUGUAGGAUGAGAUGUGGUUCGUGUCCAGUGGAGCCCAUGUCUAUGAACAGAUUGAAUUUCCUGCGGAGCAGGAACAGGAAUGGUCUGGGUCCACCCAAGGAUGGGGAGCCUCAGUAUGUGGUGGUCCACUGCACUGGAUACAUCAAGUCCUGGCCCCCCACAGGGGUGAAUUUAACAGAUGAGGAAGCAGACAAUAUUCAGGGGAGUCGCUACUGUCUAGUCGCCAUCGGUAGACUUCAGGUGACCUCUUGCCCGAGCGACACAGACAUAAACAGCAUCAGCGUUCCGGUGGAGUUCAUCUCUCGUCACAACUGCCAGGGCCUCUUUACCUUCGUAGACCACCGCUGCAUGGCCACAGUGGGCUACCAGCCUCAGGAACUGCUGGGUAAGAACGUCUUGGAGCUGGCCCACCCUGAGGACCAGGGUCUGCUGAGAGACAGCUUCCAGCAGGUGGUCAAGCUGAAGGGUCAGGUGCUGUCCGUCAUGUUCCGCUUCCUGUCCAAGACCAGAGACUGGCUCUGGAUCAGGACCAGCUCCUUCACCUUCCAGAACCCCUUCUCUGAGGAGAUAGAGUACAUCAUCUGUACCAACGCCAACGUCAAAACCUCAACUCAGGACACCCUCACCCCCCUCUCGUCCUCGGGGGUGUCUUUGCCCCCCUCGCUGGGGGAGAGCAGUCCUAACUUCCCCCCUGUGUCCCACAGCCCAGGGCAGGUGGCUGCCAGGCAGUUGCAGCAGCAGCAGCAAGCAGAGUUGGGGGGAGGAGGGAGAGAUGGUCUGUACGAGGCAGGACAGGUUAUACUUCCACAGAUGCCUGUCCAGGCCGUGACCGCAGCUGGAACUGACCACAGUAAGACCAUGGACAAGGCAGAGAUGCACCCCUCCUUGUACCCCAACCCAGACCAGGCCAAGUUCCUGCCCUCCACCUCUGCCCCCGGAGUACCCAUCUACCCUCAGGACAACAACAACUACACCACUGCCAACCGCUCCAACGACACAUACAGCAGGUCAGUAGGGAUGGCCCCUCAGAUGGUGCAGCCAUCCCACUCCGCAGGCCAGAUGCUGGCUCAGAUGUCCCGUCAGAACGGGGCACCCCCCUCCAACAGCAGCCCCCUACAGGGAGGGGCAGCGGUGGGCUGGCCGGGGCCAGCGGCGGGGGCUAGACCACCCUUUAACAACCAGCAGGUGGCGCCCCAGGCAGGGAAGGCCCUGUCUCCCCAGUUUGCCAUGGGGAGUUUUGUGGGGGGCUCUUCCUCCUCAUUUGGGGCGAUGCCCACCACUGCCGCUCCGACCCCCACCACCGGGGCUAACUACCCAAAUAUCAACCCCCGCGUCAGACUCAAUACCAACGGAUAUGAUGGCUUGGGGUCGGGGCAGCAGUUCCCCUCCAGGGCAGCGGAGGCAGUGUGGCCCCAGUGGCAGGGCCAGCAGCAAGCUCAGAACAGCGCAGAGCAGCACCCCCACGCACAGAACAACCAGCCUGACAUCUUCCCUGAUGUUCUCGCCAUGCUGGACCAGCCGGCCAACUUCAACAACGAUGACUUUGAGAUUCCCAUCUACCCCUCUUUCGACGAGUGACCCCACAUACACUCUUCCACUUACCUCUCUGUCUCUCAAAUGUCUCCUCUCUCAUUUGGUGCACUUUUGCUCUCUUUCUUCGCCUUUUGUGAUCCAAAGAGAGCAUGUCUAAUUAUCGGUCAGAUGAUUGCACGGCCAGGAUGGAGAGAGCGAGUUAAUCAGGGAAAAGAAAGAGUGAAAUCAAGUAUAGGUAUGCAAAUGCAGGUUCAAUAAACACGUGAAAGGGGGGGAGAGAGAGAAGAGAUUCAGGGUUCAAUGAUAGUUGGGCAAAUGUAAAAUGGCACAUCUGUAGCCAGCACUGCCCAAGCUCCACAGCCAGUGGAUUAGUUGUAGAGUUGCAACACACAAUUCCACCUGAGCAUGCACAAGGCCCUGAGGCAAGCACUGCUUCACCAGUAACACACAAUCCCACCUGAGCAUGCACAAGGCCCUGAGGCAAGCACUGCUUCACCAGUAACACACAAUUCCACCUGAGCAUGCACAAGGCCCUGAGGCAGGCACUGCUUCACCAGUAGCACACAAUUCCACCUGAGCAUGCACAAGGCCCUGAGGCAGGCACUGCUUCACCAGUAACACACAAUCCCACCUGAGCAUGCACAAGGCCCUGAGGCAGGCACUGCUUCACCAGUAGCACACAAUUCCACCUGAGCAUGCACAAGGCCCUGAGGCAGGCACUGCUUCACCAGUAGCACACAAUUCCACCUGAGCAUGCACAAGGCCCUGAGGCAGGCACUGCUUCACCAGUAGCACACAAUUCCACCUGAGCAUGCACAAGGCCCUGAGGCAGGCACUGCUUCACCAGUAACACACAAUCCCACCUGAGCAUGCACAAGGCCCUGAGGCAGGCACUGCUUCACCAGUAGCACACAAUUCCACCUGAGCAUGCACAAGGCCCUGAGGCAGGCACUGCUUCACCAGUAGCACACAAUUCCACCUGAGCAUGCACAAGGCCCUGAGGCAGGCACUGCUUCACCAGUAGCACACAAUUCCACCUGAGCAUGCACAAGGCCCUGAGGCAGGCACUGCUUCACCAGUAACACACAAUCCCACCUGAGCAUGCACAAGGCCCUGAGGCAGGCACUGCUUCACCAGUAACACACAAACAUGGCCUUUCACUAACAGAGUCAGCUGUGUGUUUAGAUCUGUGCUGCUCCACUGGUCUGUACAUCAUAUGGAUAGAUCAGUCCAAUCAUUCACUUGAAGUCUCAGGCAAUCCAGGUGAUCUACAGCUUUGGGGGAAUAUGUGACAAUAUAUAUAUGGGAAUAUUCUGAUCGGAAGCCUGUGAAUAUCCUCUAUCUGCUCCCCUCGCUGUUUUAGCUUAGCGACCCGUAGCAUGUUCAAAAGGACAGUGUCCUCACGCAGGCUUUUUAAACUUUGUGCAGAUUUAUACAAACACUGUACAAACACUUUUAUAUUUGUACACAGUGUACAUUGACGAUGUCACCUAUGAAUGUGGUUAUGGUGGUUUCAGGUGGAAUAGAGGGGGAGAGAAAUGUCUAUGACUAGUAAAGGGAAGAGGGGGAUAUGAAACUAGAACCUGAUAUAUACUGGGUAUUUGUAGGAAUAUAAGUCAAGUGUUUAUAUACAGUUAUAUGUCUACUGGAGGUGUUUGUAUAACUUUAUUGAUCUCAACCUGAAUGCACAGCAAUCCCAGGGUCCCUUUCUCACUCGUUUGUAUUCCUUCCUCUGUUGCCCAGGGUUACCCAGCACACUCUUCCUCCUCUCACGCUCUUCUUCAAUCACCCCCCCAAGUGUGUUUUUUUUCUCUUCUACUUACACUAGGAAAAGGAAAAUGAAAACAGACAUUGGAAAGCAAUAAUUUACGAGCAGGAAUGAUGUUCUUUUUUAAAGCCAUUCUUUAUUGUUGUCCUACAUGUUUUUAUCUUGACUAUUGUUCUUGAAUACGGAAAUACACAGGAAAUAGUAAUGAUUUGAUUGAUUGAAAUUUUCCCCAACUGAUGUUUUUAUUUUCUGGCCUUUUGAUUGGCUCUCCCUGUUUUGUAGCCCUCUCCAUUGCUACUUCGUGAUAGGUUGUUUUUGAUGUAUAUUGAUCAGGGCAUCUUGUUCAGGACAGAAAGGUCUUGUUUAGAACUGACAAGAUUCCUCAUUCAAUAUGACACAGAAUCAUGCCAUGAUGUUUGGCCUGAAAUUCAAGUCAUCCUAAUCAUGUUCCAAACACAUGACCCAAUAAUCAAUAAGCAGUAGAUGUUGAUUGUGAGUUUGGCAAUUAAUACACUUUUUAUUUUUUUUGCAGUUGAUUCAAUCGAAGUUCAUCCUUAUCAAGAUAGUUUGACAUUCAUAAAUAUGAUCUAAAUCAAACACAACAUUUGUUUUCUGAAAUCGGUUGUGAUGUUUAGUAAGUCACUAUAACACUCUUAUACAGGGAAUUAAGAAUUCUGAUUGGGCAACAGAGGGCUGUGAAUUUUAAGGUUCUGAAAUACAAAAAUUGUAUUGUGUAGGCCUUUCAUUUUUAGUCCGGUAAUGUAUACAUGUCUGUGAGCGUAAUUCACAGACAUGCCGAAACAUGUGAAUUGUAUGUAAACCCAUCAUGUGUCAAUAGUCACACGAUGGAAAUGGCAGUUUGAUGACUGUUGUCUUGUUAUUGUUUUAAACCACUUUGGUUGUUCCCUGUCCAGGUUUUUACAAUGAUGUGAGCUGCAGUUUAUAUAGCGCACACAGAUACACAAAUAUAGGAAUAUAUAUGUAUAUGAAAUGUUAAACAAGAGAAAGUGAAAUGUUUGGUUUUUCUGUUAAAUUGUUAUAUUGUCAAGAAGUUGUGGGUGGAUAUUUGUUUAUUUUAGGGGUCGGGGUACUGUAACAUUUGAACUGUUCCUUUUGAGAAAUGUGAUGAUUGUACAGCGUCACUCCUAUGUAUAAAAUGUGUAGGCCUAGUCAUCAGACCUGGGUUAUAACACUA